CGUAGUCGCAACUCACAAUUUUGUAGUCUGUGACCAAACGCGCUUCGGUUCGCGCGUAUUCUUAUUUCAAUUUCGAACGCGUCAGUUUGAAUACGACUUCGAUUUUAUUAGUGGUCGAGUGAUUUUUUUUAAAUACGGUGCGCGUUUUAGAAAAAAAUAAAAAAAUGGCGGCAGUGUGGUUGGUUGUGCUUACACUUUUUUCGAGUCAGGAGAUUUUUGCAAGUUACCGUGACUGUUCGAAUAUUGGAAAUAUACGGAAUUGUGACGAAUGCAUUCGAUGUGCUGGGCACUGGUGCAACGAUCCUAAUGAAAGCAGAAGAUGUACGAUAGAGCGGUUCGAUGACUGGUGUCCUGGACAGCAAGAGACGCUGACAUAUCAGCAGGAAGUCACUGAAGCUGGACAGCACUUCAAGCCGAAGUUCAUGCUGAGAAACAUUCGCAGCGGCGCGGAUGACAGCGUGACGAUCGAUUUUAAAUCUAGUAGUAAGAACCCAAAGAUUGAUGUUGUCUUCAACACAACACAAAGAAAUUUGAGUCCCGAAACGAGCGUCAAAUGUGAGAAUGGAGUUUGCCGUACCACCAUUGAGAUACUAACAGACACCGACUUCUGCGAGGCCAAGGGACAUACUUCAGAGUUCUUCAAUAUCAAGCUAAAAGUAGAUAAUAUAAGUGAAGAAGCAGUUAUGAAGUUCCAUGUCCCUUGCGCGUGUGGUUGUAGUGAAAAAGUGGAAUUACGGUCACCAAGGUGCAAUGGACGAGGAGAUUAUACCUGCGGCGUGUGUACUUGUGAUAAAGAUUGGACAGGAACGUUCUGCGAAAGUCCGAUUUGUCACAAGAAACGCGGUGAUGUCCCUUGUACAGACUCCACUCGAAGCGAUGUGGAAUGCUCCGGCAACGGAGUGUGCAGCGCUUGCGACGAAUGCGUCUGCUUCACCGACAGAGUUGGCUCCCAAUACUUCGACAAAGACAAUUAUUGUGCUGACAUUUGCACAAUAACCAACGAUUGUGACGAUUGCUUUAAAAACCCGAUGCCUGGGAGAUGUGAUCUAUGCCAUUUCCCCCUCAUCCAUAAGCCUUAUAACCAAAGUUUGAUCCAGGAAAAAGAUGAUUUCAAUAGAAAUGUCUGGGUCACUUGCAAUGAUACGUUGGACGGUUGCUUCUUCGAAUACGUAGCGAUGAAAGACGCUAAUGAUGAUACGUAUUACAUGGUCACCAAGUCCUGCAAUCCUGUUGAAGAGAAGCAAGUCGUUGGAGGAGGUGUUAAUUUGACCCUGCCCAUCGUGCUGUGCGCGAUAGGCGCAGUGCUAGCGCUCGCGGCGGCGGGCGGCUACCUCAUGUACCGGUCCCGGCCGCCCGCGCUGCCGCUCGCCGACCCGCUGUACCAGAACAUCGGCGCGGAGGACUGCACGGGGGAGAACCCGCUCUAUAAACCGCCUACGUCGUCCUUCAAGAAUCCUACGUAUGGGAAGUGGUAGUUGGUGUUACCUGAUUCACGCCUUUCGGCACAGCGAAGCAUUGGGCUGAGUUCAAUGAAACCCAUUCCAACACUGCCUGUGAUCAACGCCGUAUGAUGGGAAAAUUGCGAGCGUCCGGUGUCAACGCCGCAAAUACUACAUAUUAUGUAUUAUAUAAGCGCGUUUAUGCCUCUGUGAUAUUUAAGACGAUUAAGUAAUUCGUAUGACUCAUUCAUUAUCAUGUUUGAUUUGUAAUCUCGUAUAGUAAAUAUGGUUGACGCAUCGUAUUGUUCGACCUUACUUACACUCGCCUAGAAAAAUUAUUGUAUUUAAUGUAUCGUUUAUGAAACCAUUAAGUAGUGAGCUCAUUAGUUACUCAUGGUCUAAUAACUGGACGCGUGUCACCAAAUGGUAAAAAUACUCUCCCGAUAUUAUGACAGUGUGAUCUCAAACUGUUGUCCAGUUAUUUGAUUAUGAGUAAGUAUUUAUAUUUCGUAGAUUUAAAAAGUAAUUAGGAAUAUCAUUGUAAAGUUGAUCUGGUGCUUAAUUUAGUUUCAUUAUAAGUAAGAAAACUUCUGCUAUGAAACUUUCGUUGUUUUCGUUUCAUUACGAACCGAACUUAAUAUUUUUCUGCGACUUUGUUACAAUAAAUAGUUUGUAUCGACAUAGUAAUGUAUCAUGUUAAGUUUUAAUUUUUAUUGAAUUUCUAAUCUUGGCACAUUGUAAAGUGCGAUUGGAUCGUAUAUUCGCUCCACACCUCGGAUAAAGAUCUUUUUGCUUGCUAUGAAUCAAUAAGAGAAAGUCGAAAGUGGGGUGCUCCGAGCUAUAGAGAAUUUUACAAAGGCUUUUAUUGGGAGCGACGCGUGUGGGACGGCUCAUGGCGCGAACCACGCAACGGAACUCGUAUUCAAAUGACCAAUGAUCUUACCGCGAACUCUGACACACGAAAUAUAGAAAAUUAGCAUCCAAUUUAAGACGCUAAUUUACGAACAAUAAUACCAUAAUCAUAAGCCGGUAAAGCAAACUUUGUGGGUUUUAAUAUAAUGUUGAAAUACUUACGUUCAGGAAUUACGUUUAGAAUUACCAGCACAGAUCUAGUACAAGUAGAUCUGUGAUUACCAGAGAACAAGAAUGACAAUUAAUUAAGUUUAUUUAAUAUCGAGUAUAAAUAAUAUGAACCUACUUGUAUUGGGCCAAAGUUCUAACAUCGAUUUAUUAUUAUAAACCAUUGGAAAUAUGAAUAACAUGUCGAAUGAUUAAAAAAAU